UUUUCUUUCAGCAAGAGGACUUCAAACCACAAAACGUUCUUGAGUUAUACAAACUCACAAAAUGCUGGUCCUCAGACCACCCAUGACCCUCCGAGCCAUCUCUCAUGCCCGGCUAAUCCCCAUACCCAUCCCACCCAUCCUCUCCCGCCCAGCUUCCUCUGGUCCGCCCCGACCCCGUCAAACCCAACCAGCUGCCCACCCUCUUUCAUACCGUGACUCAUCCAUUCCCCACUCUGUCGUCCGCCUCAUCGGCCCGGAAGGCCUUCUUCCCCCCCAACGACUCUCUUCUAUCCUCUCUACCUAUUCCACCUCUACACACACGCUCACCCUCGUUUCUGUCGAUGGUGAAUAUCCCGUUGUAAAGCUCGUGAGUAAAGCGGAAGAACGGGACAGAGAAAAAGAAAAGGAGGAGAAGAGUAAAGUGAAGAGAAAGAUCAGUAUGGAAGAAAAGGAGGUGCAGGUGUCGUGGCAGAGUGCCAAGGGCGAUUUGGGCCACAAGCUCGAGAUGGCAAAGGGAAUUUUGGAAAAGGGCGAUAGAGUUCAAGUCGUCUUUGCAAACCGUCGUCGAGCGGAACCUGUCAGUGAACGCCAAAAGGAUGAGAUCGUCGCAAUGUUCCAGGGAAUAUUGGAGGAAGUGGGGAAAAAAUGGAAAGAGGACGACAAGAACAGAGGACUAUGGGUGCUUUAUUACAAUCCCUUGGACAGCGUAAGGCAAGAGGUGGAAAAAAAAGUCUUGGAGGCUGAGCAGGCGAAGAAGGAGGAAAAGGAGAAAGCAAAGCAGGAAAAACUUGAAGCAAGGAGAAAAAAGGAAGAAAGGCGAAGACAGAGGGCUGAAGAGAUGGAAAAGGAAAAGGCUGAAGAGGCUGCUAGAAGGGACGAAGAGUAUCAGAGGAGAAUAGCGAACUCUAGGAAGAGCGGAUUCGGUGGAUGGAGAUAGCAACUUAGAAGCACAACAUGAUACAUUUGUAUACCCUACACACGCUAAGAACAAUCUCAAGAUAUAUCAUUUA